CAUAUCCAGAUUAUUCCAUCGUAACUAACUACAAUCUUUCCUUUUUAAGAUUAUAACGAGUUUGUAAUAAGUCAAGGUCUUUUUCAUUUUUAAUUUAGGUCGAGUGGAGUGUGAGAUUAUAGUUUGGUAAUAGCUAAGUACUCCCGAUUCGUCCAAUGGAGAGAGGCGGUUACAGAGCAAAAGGCGCCGUCGGAGGCGGUGGCGGCGGUGGGAGAGGAGGUCAAAGAGGAGGAAGAGGCGGCAACGGAAGCGGCAACGGAAAUCAUCAGCAACAACAUGACCACCAGUCUCAUCGUCAUCGUCCGCCACCGCAACAACAGAAUCAUCACGAUUAUCAGCAACCACAGCAAAAUUUUAGGCCUAAUCAUCAGGAUUAUCAGCAAACUUGGAGACCCAGUAACCAAACUUCGUCUUAUAAUCAAAAUGAUCGUGACACCGAUUCUUGGGUCGAAGCCAAAACUAGGGGCGGAAAUAAUGGCGGCGGCGGAGGAAGAGGGGGAUCUAUCCCACCUAGAGGAGGAGGGGGACGUGGCCCACCUAGAGGAAGAGGGGGGCUCACCAGUACACCAACUCCUCCGCCACCUUCUUCUGCCAGUAGUAAUACUGUACCAGACCCUACCAAGAAACUUCAAAAAAAAUCAGAAAAUGUAGCUUCUUGUUCCAAUUCUAAUGACACCUCCAAUAGAUUUGUCCCCGUUAAGCGGCCAGAUAAAGGCGGCACGCUAGCCAUCCGAACUGCCACUCUUCAUGUAAAUCACUUCCCUGUCAAGUUCAAUCCUGACAGUGUCAUCAUUCAUUAUGACAUUGAUGUCAAACCAGAUGUAACCCCCAAGGGCGGCCGUGUUUCUAAAGUGUCUAAGUUUAAUUUGGCAUCAAUCCGGAAUAAGUUAUUUAAAGAUAAUCCUUCUGAGUUCCCGUUGUCGAUGACUGCAUAUGACGGCGAGAAGAAUAUCUUCAGUGCAGUUCCUUUGCCAACUGGAAAAUUUAAGGUGGACUUCUCCGAGGGGGAAGACACAAGAACUCGCACUUAUACGUUCUCGAUAAAGUUCGUGAGUGAACUUAAGUUAUGCAAGUUAAAGGAAUACCUAAGUGGGAAGCUCAUGUCAAUUCCGCGUGACAUUUUGCAAGGGAUGGAUGUUGUUAUGAAGGAGAAUCCGGCUAGACAUAUGGUCUCUGUCGGACGAAGCUUUCACCCUGCUGAUGCGCACGAAGAGGAUUCCCUGGGAUAUGGCAUUACUGCUUCUAGAGGGUUUCAGCAUAGCCUCAAGCCCACCUUCCAGGGCCUAGCUAUGUGCUUGGACUACUCUGUUCUGGCAUUUCGCAAGCGCCUCCCAGUGAUCGAUUUUCUUAUGGAGUAUAUCCCUGGAUUUAAUUUAAAUGAUUUCAAAAGCUAUAGGAGACAUGUUGAGAAUGCAUUGAAGGGACUAAAAGUUACAGUCACUCAUCGCAUUACCAAGCAAAAAUAUAUUGUUGCUGGACUGACAAAGGAUAACACACGGAAGCUUUCAUUUCUUGCUGAAGAUCCUGAUGGAAAAGCUCCACCGACGCAAGUUACCCUUGUUGAAUAUUUCAGGCAGAAGUACAAGGAUAUAAAAUACAAAGAUAUUCCUUGUCUUGAUUUGGGGAAGAACAAGCGAAGGAAUUAUGUGCCCAUGGAGUUCUGCGUCCUAGUCGAGGGUCAGAUAUACCCGAAAGAGGAUUUGGAUAGAGAUGCUGCUCUUUUCUUGAAGGACAUGUCAUUGGCAUCACCAAGGGACAGACAGAGGAUUAUAUGCGACAUGGUGCGCUCUAGAGACGGGCCUACUGGUGGGGACAUAGUCAAGAAUUUCGGAAUGGAUGUUGACAUGAAAAUGACAUCAGUGGUCAGCCGUGUGAUCGGGCCACCAGAGUUGAAGCUAAGAGCUCCUAAUGGUAGGGUGAUUAAAAUUGCUGUUGACAAGGAGAAGGGCCACUGGAAUCUUGUUGGAAAAGGUGUCGUGGAAGGGAAGGCAAUUGAAAGGUGGGCUGUGCUUGAUUUUACUUCUUCUGACCGUGGUCAUUCCAGAUUGAUGCCAGAGCAGUUCAUUUCAAAGCUUAGGGCUAGGUGUGGGAGUCUAGGAAUGCCUAUGAAAGAGCCUCUCUUUUGUCAUCCCACUACUAUGCAUAAAUUCUCUAAUAUUGAUGUGCUGCAUGAUCUGCUUGAAGUUGUGACUGAUCGGGCAUAUCAGACUGGGAAAGGCCGGUUGCAAAUUCUUAUUUGCGUGAUGUCCAGAAAGGAUCCCGGUUACAAGUAUCUAAAAUGGAUUUCUGAGACCAGAGUUGGCAUAGUUACUCAGUGUUGUUUGUCUAUUUGUGCCAACAAAGGAAAUGACCAAUAUUUUGCUAAUGUAGCUCUCAAGAUCAAUGCUAAACUUGGAGGUAGCAACGUGGAGCUCAUUGAUCGACUCCCAUACUUCGAAAGUGAGGGACAUGUUAUGUUUAUAGGGGCUGAUGUUAAUCAUCCUGCCUCUCGAAACACCACAAGUCCUUCUAUAGCUGCUCUUGUUGGUACUGUGAAUUGGCCAGCUGCAAAUCGCUAUGCGGCACGGGUUCGUCCUCAAGAUCAUCGUAAGGAAAAGAUUCUGAAUUUUGGGGAUAUGUGUCUUGAGCUAGUUGAAACAUAUGCACGGAUGAACAAAGUCAGACCAGGGAAUAUUGUAAUUUUCCGUGAUGGUGUCAGCGAGGGUCAAUUUGAUAUGGUUCUCAACGAAGAAUUAAUAGACCUCAAAAGAGCAUUCCAGUCGAUUAGUUAUGCGCCUACUGUUACACUAAUUGUUGCCCAAAAGCGGCACCAGACUCGUUUGUUUCCUGCAAGUAGGAAUGACGGGAGUCAUAAUGGAAAUGUGUCUCCAGGCACAGUUGUUGACACUACAAUUGUGCAUCCAUUCGAGUUUGAUUUUUAUCUCUGCAGCCACUAUGGAAGCCUUGGAACAAGCAAGCCAACUCACUAUCAUGUCCUAUGGGAUGAACAUGGUUUCAGUUCGGACGAGUUGCAGAGGAUUAUAUAUAAUAUGUGCUACACAUUUGCUAGGUGCACGAAGCCAGUGUCCUUGGUUCCACCAGUGUACUAUGCUGACCUUGUUGCUUACCGAGGAAGACUGUACUACGAGUCAUUGAUGGAUGGGCAGUCUCCAGCAUCGGGAGCGUCUUCAUCCUCAUCGCUAACAUCAUCAUCAUUGUCAUCAACAGUUUCAUUGGAUGACAGGUUCUACAAGUUACAUGCUGACCUGGAGAACAUUAUGUUCUUUAUUUAGACGGUCGGCUCCGGCAGUUGGCCAAUCUCUUCUCGUGGCGGGAAUGGGUACUGCUCUUUUUGAAUUUUUCUUACGCAGGUUUGCUCCUUUCCUAUGCACACAUCAGCAGAAUAGUGAAGGAGUUUGUGCGUGAAUCUAAUGGUUGCAUGUUUGUCUUCUUUUAUUUUUCUUGUUGGACAUGUUUGUAAGAUGAUUCUGUUUGGUUCGGCUAACUUUUGAAUUUGUUCCAUUUCCAAGAUGGAUGGAUUAGAUUUAAGUAUUGUGUUUGAUGGAAGUAAAACGCACAAGUUUUUUGAUUA